AUGGCUCAAAACUUUGACCAACAUACAUCAAACUACUAUACAUUAGAUAAUACAAAAAAGGAAGAAUAUACUCACCGACGUAUAAUUACUAAUACAGAGAAAAAUGUUGAAUUUGCUCUUUAUCCUAUAUUUCAACCACUAACUUCACUUUCUAUCUACUUCAUUAAUCGGACAACACCCGAAUCCAUCAUGGAUUAUUUAAUUGAAAAUGCUACGCAAUCGAAAGUAUUUAGCAUAAAUACUAACAACAACAAUUUAUCGAAUAUACCAACCUUAAUUCAAAUAGGAAGCGUCCAAGAUAUUUCUGUUUUAAUGCUAUUUGAAUGCUGGCAUUUACCCAAACAAGAUUCCCAUUUAUUUAAAAAAAUCUCUCAACUUUUAUCUAUUGUUUUCAAUCCAACAAAAGAGAUGCAAGCUUGGGGCGAUGCACAAAAGGAAUUGUCAAAGUUCUUUAUAUUUCGUUUAUUCUCCAUGUCACAUAUUCAACAAAUUCACUCAUUUGACAUUCAGCAGCUAUUUAAGGAAUGGUACAAUAUGAUCAAUCCACAUUUAGAAGAUUGUUGUCCAUCCGAAUUCUCAUGUUUAGAGGAGGAUUCCAUCUCUCUUCAUCCAACCGCUUCUGAUAUCAAUCUUUCUUCAUUAAAUGAACAAUAUGAUUAUGCAACAUGCACCUGUCCUCAUAGACCUUAUAAGAAUCCUAAUGAAACUUGGACCCUACAAACGGCAAUCGCCUACACUUUUCAAGAAGUCUUAGACCAACAACAUAAAUUAAAUUCUGGUGAUGGGAGUGUAGAUUCUUUCUCCAGUUCACAUAUGUCUCAACAGGUACCAACUCGGAAAUAUAGUGUCGAGAUCCAAAAACAGUCAACUGAUUAUAAUCAAUUGGUCGAAUAUGCCGUGCGUGACUGCCUUUCAGUCACUAAACUAUCAAUUGCUGUUCGACAAAGAUGGUCUAGAGCUUUACUCGGAAAAUACUCGUAUACCAAAUCUAUUCGUACAAACUGCAAUAAAGUUCACGACGAUCAAUGUUGUUCUGAACAACAAACUUCAUCUGAUGAAGUGAUUUCGUCACAACAAAUAAAUAAUAAUAAUAUUCAUACUUACACAAUCGAGGAUUACGAGUCUAUUUCCGAUGAUGAUAUCAAUAAUACAAUAAAUGCCACUAUUUUGAUUCCAGUUUCUAAAUCUACGAAUGAUGAACCUGGAACAAAAAUAAGACAUGCAAUAAAGAUCGAACACCAGAAGAAACGCUCACACGCAGCAAUUCGACGACGUUGUCGAAAACGAAAUGCAAUAAUACAUGCACAUCGACAUGAUUUUGACAUCAUUCGUACUGUAUAUCGUUGUUUUACCAUUCGAGAAAUUGAAAACAUAUUGGAUCACCUUCAUAUAAGACGUCGCCAUUGUCACAUCCGUCAUCAUUAUAAAUUGCAUAUUGGUGUACGUUCUUACGAAGAUAAAUUACGAUAUGAAAAUGUUUUAAAUUCCGAAUAUUUCACCAAAGAACAUUACAUUCGGCAAUUGCAUUAUACAUUACCAUUUUCACAUAACGAUCCAGACAAUGUUUGA